UGUUCCUCCCCCCUCCUUCCUCCACCCUCCUCCUCUCUGCCGUCUGUGCAGCCCGUCAGUCCUCUCCCCGCCCCCGUUUUUGCCUCAAGCACCCCGAGCACUAGGACUCCACGAGCGCCGAGGCGGAGGCGGAGGCGAUGGCGAUCGGUCAAUCCCUCAAGAAGAAGAGAGGGAGGCCAGCAGGAGGAGGUUCCCCGUCUGUCAACAAGACCGAGCGAGAUAAGAUGGUCAUGGAGCAGAAGAUGGCACUGGUGCACCGAAGGCUCGCCUUGCUCGACAGAGAGAGCGACAAGGAAGCUGAUGUUGCGCCGACGGCCACAAUGAAGAAGAGAGGGAGGCUUGUCAACACCAAGAAUGACAUGGAGCAGAAGUUGAAUAUGUCAACGCCGGGGCUUGCCUUGGUUGAGAGCGGCGGCAGUAACAGCAGCAAGAGCGACGUAGAUGAUGAUCUUGUGCCGAUGGUGAGAACUGUGGUAGCUGUUGUUAAUUGCCAAAAGAAAUGUGCAAGCGUUCAGGGUAACUUUGGGUCUGCUAUGGAGAGAGCUGAGGAGGUACUUGUGAAGUUACCAGCCGAACAUCCUAGCUUUGUCAAGCAUAUGCUACAUUCACAUGUUGUUCAUGGUUUUUGGCUGGGUCUACCGUCUGACUUCUGCAACAAGCAUCUCCCAAAGAAGGACACUGCUAUUGUGCUAGAAGAUGAGGAUGGGCACAACUAUGAUGCAAAAUAUCUAGGUGCCAAGCAAGGACUUAGUGCUGGCUGGAGAGGUUUUGCGAUUAAUCAUGAUAUCAAGGUUGGAGAUGUUGUAGUCUUUCAACUUGUCAGUUCAGCAAAGUUUAAGGUCUAUAUAUUAAGAGCAAACAACUACACUACAACUGAUGGAGCAAUUGGUCUCCUGUGUCUGGAAGCUGGCAAGGAGAAGAUACCGAAAGAAGAAAGUUCCAAUGAUGUCAAAUCUGAUGCUGGCAAGGAGAAGAUACCGAAAGAAGAAAGUUCCAAUGAUGUCAAAUCUGAAGCUGGCAAGGAGAAGAUACCGAAAGAAGAAAGUUCCAAUGAUGUCAAAUCUGAGAAGAAACCAAAGGUUGCUUGGAGCGAUAGCAGCAACCUAGCCAGUGAAUCAAUAACAGAUGGCAUCAAAUUUUCAGACACAGCCAUCGAUUUCGACGAUGUGAAUGAUUUCAGCAGCUUCAGCAUCGUCUACGACGGCCUGGUCAUCGACUGCGAGUUUCCUGACCACCUGCGCAAGACGUACUACGAGCUGUGCUGUGCCCAGAAGUCGUUCCUUCACAAGGAGCUGCUCAAAGGGCUAAACCUCACACUCGUGGUGGGAGCGAUCAUGGAGACUAUCGACAUCGCGGAGGGCAUCAGGGCGUGCAAGGCGCGCGCUCCUUCCUGCAAGCACUUUGUGGUCUGGAAGAAGAACUUGCAGGCCUUGAAGCUCCUGGGCAUGAAUGUGGACUUCCUGCUCAAACGCGUCGAUGAUCUCCUCAGCCUCCCUGCUCCACCUAGAGUCCCUGCUGAGGUAAAACUAGAGCGGGCACACACCGUUGCGAAAAUUAAGGAGGUCGAGUCCAGGAUUUCGAGUGUGAAGGACACUCUGGAGGAGAUUGACAUGGAGAUGGAGGAGAUGGAGUCCAGCGCGAAGAUGGUGGAUGAGAUGAUGCAGCUGUUAGCAACCGCGCCAUGGUAGCGGUACGCGCGCAGCUUCGGUCUCUACCGCAGACAAUAAAUAUUUUGGGCGACAUGGCAGUUCAGUAUGCAGAGGAAGAUGAUGCGGUGGAUGGGGUCUAAGCUUUGCAGAAGAUUAGAACUGCGUUGUGGCGGCAGUAUUUGGUUUUCAGAGUGACCACUUCUUUUUUGUAUAAAUGCAACUUGAGAGUAGUUAUUAUCUGUGUGCCAUCUUUUUUUUUUGACAAAAUUAUCUGUGUGCCAUCUUGGUUACACUUCUUGUGCAGCAACUAGGAUGCUGUUUUUUUGGUACACAUCAAGUGGUGUGACCUAUCUCCAUCCCACCCCCCCUGUGUAAUUCCGUGGAACUGCACUGUGAUAGUACUGAAGAUGCAGUUUGCUUUGAGUAUUUGUUGAGUGCAUUUGAA